AUGUCUGCUGGAGGAGGCUAUAACUACUCGUAUAUUUUUAAAUACAUAAUUGUCGGUGAAAUGGGCGUCGGUAAAAGCUGUUUAAUGCACCAGUUUACGGAAAAGAAGUUCUUUCCUGAUUGUCCGCACACGAUUGGUGUCGAAUUCGGAACUCGUAUAAUUGAGGUGAAUGAACAAAAAGUAAAGCUUCAGAUAUGGGAUACAGCAGGACAGGAACGGUUUCGGUCUGUGACGAGGUCGUACUAUCGUGGAGCUGCGGGGACCCUUCUGGUCUAUGACAUCACUCGUCGAUCAACAUUCCAACGUAUUCAAAAUUGGCUUAGUGACGCACGAAGAUUAACCUCGGCCAAUACCGUCAUGAUGAUGAUAGGAAAUAAGUCAGAUUUGGAGGAGCAACGUGAUGUAUCAUAUGAGGAUGCCAAGGCAUUGGCGGAUGAAAAUAAUCUAAUGUUUCUGGAGUGUAGUGCCAAGUCGUAA